GAGACGUGCGGCUCAGGAGGAGGUACCCUGACAGGCCCAACCAGACCGCGGAGGGAGCGAGAAAGGCAAGCCGGGCCUGUACGCCUCUUCCGCCCCGGGCCCGGAAGGGUGAUGUGGCUGGGGUUUCGCCGGCCUCACUAUGUCUGCCAUUUUCAAUUUUCAGAGUCUGUUGACUGUAAUCUUGCUGCUUAUAUGUACCUGUGCUUAUAUCCGAUCCUUGGCACCCAGCCUCCUGGACAGAAAUAAAACUGGGUUGUUGGGUAUAUUUUGGAAGUGUGCCAGAAUUGAUUUUCCUUUAGCUGGAAUGCAGUCCAUUAAAUGUCUACGGAGAGAAAAACCUUUCAGAAAAACACCAGAUGUUUAUUUGUGAACGGAAGAGUCCUUAUGUUGCGGUAUGCUGUAUUGUGAUGGCCUUCAGCAUCCUCUUCAUACAGUAGCUUGGAAAAAUGCCAGAAUUCAGUUGCAAUCAGAUUUAAAUAUGAAAAAAAAGGACUUAUCUGCAGAAAAUAAUGGAAAGAAUGGUUAACCCUUUUAUCUCUGAACAUUGAAUGAGAUAAAUUUUCAGCUGCUGUUCUCUAUUAUUUUUGUUAUUGGACCAAUGUUCUAUAUAAAUAAUUAGGAUGUAACCAUUUAAUACUCAGAGUUUAAAUAUGUCUGUAACAAUCAACCUCAGUACUGUCACUACAAUAUUACAUUCUGCAUAUGUCAUUCUAUUGUGUCAGAUACCAGUUUUUAGUGAGGUAUCUUUAAGGCACAUAGGAGAAAACAAAAUUGGUAAAUUACUUAAGUUCCUUUCACCGUGAUUUGGAAACGAUAAAUCUUUAUAGAAUGAGACUUUUUGGACUAGCUUUUUUAUUGAAGAAAAAAAAAGGUUCAAUUCGUGUUGAUAAGGACUGCAUUCAUAUUUAAUAAUGCUUGCUUUUCCUCUGGCCACAUCAUUUUGAGCAUUAACCAGAGUACCUCUACUGUUAGCAAACUGUAGUUUAUUACAGGUAUUUAAACUAUUUAAAACAAGCCUAUGCAGUUCUUAAGGAGGAAGAUAAAUGAGAAGUGACUUAAGAGUGCUAUUGAGAAAAAUGUUCCUAUUUAACAUAAAAGAAUUCAGAAUACCUGACUGGUGUUAUUGUCUCUGAAACCUCUGGUUAAGUAUGGAUAAAUGUCUUAAGCAUAAAUUUGACCAGCUAACUGUCGUUUUUGGAAUAAGACUACAUGCUUAGAGUAAAGAGCUAAACUGAAUGAUAAUCUUAUAUGCGUUUUUCAUUCUUUUUAGUGUUAGGUCUCUACAUUUUAAUUACCCCAAAAUGCAAACUGUGUUUUUGUUUUUUAAUACAGCACUUUAAAUCUA